AUGUCUGCAGGUAACACUGCUAUGUCUGCAGGUAACACUGCUAUGUCAGCAGGUAACACUGCUAUGUCUGCAGGUAACACUGCUAUGUCUGCAGGUAACACUGCUAUGUCAGCAGGUAACACUGCUAUGUUUGCAGGUAACACUGCUAUGUCAGCAGGUAACACUGCUAUGUUUGCAGGUAACACUGCUAUGUCUGCAGGUAACACUGCUAUGUCAGCAGGUAACACUGCUAUGUUUGCAGGUAACACUGCUAUGUCUGCAGGUAACACUGCUAUGUCUGCAGGUAACACUGCUAUGUUAGCAGCUAACACGAUCACCUUUUAUGGAAAGGUCCAGCAGCUGCUGAAGAUUCUCGUCAUCAUCAUGAUGCCGGUGUUGCUGCUGACGGGUCUGAUAGCGAUCACCUUCCUCGCCACCCACACCAACUACCAUCAGUCGUCGAAGAUCCGCAGCACCCUGCUGUACAGCAUCGAGCUGGGCCGCGUCAUCCACUACCUGCAGGAGGAGCGCGACAUGAGCGCCCUCUACCUCAGCUCCACCGAGGAGAAGACUAAAGGCCUGCUACUCAAGCGGUACGACGAGACAGACAGGUCGCUGGAGGAGCUGACGUCCUGGAUAACCGGCCUCACUCUGACCAGGAGAGAAUUCCUGUCCAAGGGCAAGUUUCUGUCCUACCUCAACAAACACAGGUACGAGCUGGACACGCUGAACCAGACGGUCGUCCAGGAGCUGCAGAUGUACACAAGCCUCAUCCGGGUGUUCAUCAUGUGGCUGUAUAGCGCGAUAACGGAGGACGAAUCAGGCUCCAUCUGGCGGAGCCUAGUCGCCUACCAGGAGGUGGUUAUUGCCAAGGAGUACAUGGGUUUGGAGCGCGCCCUGGGGGCCAUCUACUUCGCGUCAGGUCAGUUCUCGUCCGUCGACGUCUACCUGUGGUUUCUCGAGAGCCAGGAUGUGGCCAACGUGACGUUCUUCUCGGCCAGGCAGUACUCAGACUUGGUCUUCAAGCUGUAUACAAAAUUUAAUGACGACCAAACCCUUGACGGCGUGCUGGCCAACAUGCCUGCGGACAUCCAACAGAACGACUCUGUGAGUCACGGAUCGGUGCGGACGGCGCAGUGGUGGUUCACUAACAAGACGGUGUACAUGAACCUGCUACUGGAGACCCAGGACGAGUUGGCUGUCGCCAUCACCGCCAUGCUGGACGACAGACAGACUCAGAACAUCAGGAACAUCAGCACGACGUCGAUCGUCUUCCUCGGCGUCCUCGUCAUCUCACUCGUCAUCAUAUACACCGUCUACUCGCUCAUUGACGAGAUCCACAACUACCUGGUCGCGCUCUCCAAGAGAUUGUGUUACCUGCAGAAAAAGACGACAAACACGGACAGGAUGUUGUUCCACAUGGUUCCGGAAUCUGUGGCCAGCGUCCUCAGGGACAACAAGACGGUCAGCACGCAGACUUGCCCGUCAGUUAGCAUCCUGUUGACGGACAUCCAGGGCUACACGAAGUUCUACACGUACAGCUCGCCCGAUCACGUCCUGCAGACGGUUAACUCCAUCCUCGCCUGCUUCGACACGGUUGCUGCCAAAUACGACGUCUACAGGGUCGAGUCUAUAGGAGACACGUACAUGGUCGUAUCAGGUGUUCCUGAGCCGAACGGGGAGCAGCAUGCCACACACAUCUGUUUGAUGGCGCUGGGCCUGAUGAAGGCGAACAAUCAGCUGGAAGUGCUCCAUCUCCCUGGCAACAAGCUCAAACUGAGAACGGGCGUCCACACAGGUGUGUUUCUCGCGUCACAGCCUCGCAGUCUGGCACUCAAAGAGAACAGCCCGCGAUCCCGGCCCGUGGUCGUGUCUCUCACUGGGUGUAGGAUGCCCAAAUACAGCAUCUUUGGCGAGACAGUCACGAUUGCAGCCAAAAUGGAGGCUCAUGGUAAACCAUCCAAGAUCCACGUCAGCGAGAUCACGUACACCAUGCUGGCUCACAGUGUCGAGUUCCAGAUGGAAGAGAGAGUCAACAGAAACAUCAUGGUCACAAGAACUCGACUUGAUGCUGACACUGAGAGGACGAUCGCGAACAUUCUGGCUCGACUCAGCAGACGGAGGCAGAAUGUCCUCAAACGACUCGUCAAACUGAGGGUAAAGAUGAAUAGCGCCCGGAUGCCUUCAACUGCCCCAAGUUCAGCCAGCAAACUUGUUACGAUUGCAGACGGGCAGGCGGUGUCGGCACGGGAAGUAGAAAAUCCUAUUUUGGGUAGUACUGCUUCUACAGUGGCGGCCAUCUUGGAUUAA